CCUUAUUCCAAAUACAAAUUCGAACCAAGAAACUAAGAUAUGCAGAGAACAUCCGAUCAUGCUACUGCUAAUCGCACCUACGAUGAAUUCGAUCCAAUCUUUAACUGGAAAACUGAACAAGGCUUCGAAACUCUCACUAUUUACCUUCCAGGGUUUAGAAAAGAGCAACUUAAAGUGCAAGUAACCACAACGAGGAAGGUGAGAGUGAUGGGAGAACGUCCAGCAGGAGCCAACAAAUGGAUCCGUUUCCGCAAGGAGUUUCCUAUUCAAGCAAACAUUGAUGUUGACUCCAUUGGUGCUAAAUUUGAAGGCGCAAAUCUUGUUGUGAAGCUCCCUAGACUAGAGCCAAUUGGCAAACAAACUUCACCUGGAACAACCGCAAAACCUCCCCCAGUUUCUAAGCAAACCGAGAAGGUUCAACCACCAAAGCCAACAAAAGAAAAAGAAGCGGGAGUAGAGAAGGUUCAAUUGCCAAAGCCUUCAACAGAGGAAGACACGAAACGGGCUGAGAAAGAAAAACCCCUUAAAGCUGCAGAGAAGGAAAACGUUUGUGAUGGAGUUAAACAGGAUUAUAGAAGUAAAGUGAAUGCAUACAAGGAGAGUUUUGGAGGAUAUGUGGCUUUGAUGAAAAAUAACCAAAGAGAAAUUACACUUGGUAUGGUUGCUCCCGCGGCAGCCGUUCUGUUGCUAUCGCUUGGAUUCUAUGCUGGUCAAAUGUUUUCUUCUUAACAACAUCUCCUUUGAGGAGUCCUAAAAGGCAGAUAAAAUGUAUAACUUUGCAUAUAAAUCAUAUUAAUAAACGAACACAAAGGAACAAUGUUGUUCAGAAUAACAAGAAGUUUAUGUUAGAGGUUCAUUGAAUAGUUUAUUCAAUAAAUCCUUCUCCAAAAAAAAAAAAAUAGAAAACAGGACCUGCAAAAUGAGUGCUAUUCACCAAAACAAACAUAAUUUGUCGUUGUUGUGUUUUCACAUUUUUUGUUUUCUG